AUGACUUCCUACUCUCAGUUUCUAACAGAUGCGCAGAAGGAUGAAUUGCGACAAAUCGCUAAUCAAAUUGUAACACCUGGUAAAGGUAUUCUUGCUGCGGAUGAGAGUACUGGAAGCAUGGACAAAAAACUGAAGCCAAUUGGGCUUGAAAAUGUUGAAGAAAAUCGACGUUUGUAUCGUCAGCUUCUUUUCACAGCUGGUGAUGAAAUGAGUAAGUAUAUUUCUGGUGUUAUUAUGUUUCAUGAGACAUUCUACCAGAAAGCAGAUGAUGGUACACCAUUUGUUCAAGUCCUACAAAAGAAGGGUAUUCUCCCAGGCAUCAAAGUUGAUAAAGGUGUUAUUCCAAUGGCAGGCACUGUUGGUGAAGGUACCACGCAAGGCUUAGAUGAUUUGAACAACCGAUGUGCCCAGUACAAGAAGGAUGGUGCACAGUUUGCUAAAUGGCGCUGCGUGCAUAAAAUUGGUGCAACAACACCUAGCCAUAUGGCUCUGGUUGAAAUUGCUGAAGUUUUGGCUCGUUAUGCUUCAAUCUGCCAGCAGCAUGGUUUGGUACCAAUUGUAGAACCCGAAACUUUGCCCGAUGGUGAACAUGAUCUUCAUCGAUGUCAGAAGGUCACAGAACUUGUCCUGUCAUAUACGUACAAGGCGCUGAUUGAUCAUCAUGUUUACUUGGAGGGGACAUUACUGAAACCAAAUAUGUGUAUGCCAGGUAUGCAAUACAAGGGACAAUGUUCACAUGAAGAUAUUGCACGAGCCACCGUUACUGCUCUUCAGCGCACGGUUCCAGUGGCUGUACCGGGUAUCGUCUUCCUUUCGGGCGGUCAGUCUGAGGAAGAUGCGACACUUAAUUUGAAUGCGAUCAAUCAGUUUCCAGGUAAAAAGCCGUGGGCUUUGACCUUCAGUUACGGUCGAGCAUUGCAAGCAUCAGCUCUUGCAGCCUGGGGUGGUAAAUUGGAAAACAUUCAAGCUGCCAAAGAAGCAUUCUUGAAACGUGCACAGGCAAAUUCGCUCGCACAAUUGGGUAAAUAUGCCGGAGGUGCAGGUUCUGGUGCAGCAGCACAAAAUCUCUAUGUUGCUAAUCAUGCGUACUAG